AUGGAGCUACCCAAAAAGUAUUUUGAAGCUUCCAACUCUUUUUUCCUUGUUUACCUUCAAGUUAUAAUUCUUCUCUCAUACUGCAACUUGCAUGGUCUUAACAUGCUUUGUUUAGCAACAAAAAGCCCUGUAAUUAGAGGAAACGUGACUGAUCAACUUGCUUUACUCCAGUUCAAAGCCAAGAUAACUGGCGAUCAGCUCAAGAUUAUGGAGUCCUGGAAUAGUUCCAGUCACUUCUGUCAGUGGCGUGGUGUUACAUGCGAUCGCAAGCAUCAAAGAGUCACCAAGUUGGAACUGCAAUUCCUCAAACUUUCAGGAUCUUUAUCACCGUAUAUUGGAAAUUUGAGCUUUCUCAAGGGGUUGAAUCUUGCAAACAACAACUUCUACAACCAGAUUCCUCAAGAAUUUGGUCGUUUAAGAAGGUUGGAAACAUUAGAACUGUCCAAUAACUCCCUCAGUGGUGAAAUUCCUUCCAAUUUAUCCGCUUGUUCUAUGCUUACUUUCGUUCAUAUGAGAAGCAACCAACUAAAGGGAGAAAUACCGGCUUCGUUGGGUCUCUUGUCAAACCUGAUACACUUGAGAUUUUACAAUAACAGUUUGACAGGGAGUAUCCCUCCUUCCUUGGGGAACUUGUCAUCUUUGAAGGAACUUCAUUUGGCGUUAAAUGGAUUAACUGGGAAUAUACCUGAAACUCUGGUACGACUGACAAAUCUUUCAUUUUUCUCCAUAGGCGGAAAUGCAAUCUUCGGUAUUGUCCCUGUCGGAAUGUUCAAUCUGUCUAGUAUUAGAGUCUUUGAUAUCGGUGGCAACAAGAUUCAAGAUGAGGAUUUUUCUUGUCUAAGCUUUAUUUGGUACCCAGUCCCAGACGCAAAACGCAAAACAAAAUUUUAUAGAAACAAGAAAAUCAAAAUUGAUUCUGUACGCCAAAAUGAGAGAUGGCAUUUCUUCAAGGGUAUUGACCCAACAACUAGAAAGAAGCGACAAAUCUGA